UAUAGGUACAGGAAGCUGAGACCGCAAGAAGAGGGAGUAGCGGGGGGGUGUCAAUGGGGGCCAGAGUGUCAGGACCCCGGUGUGAUGUGGUGGUGUAAAUGUGGAGCUUGCUGACAGAAAUGCAGUGUUUCUGCUGCACUGAGUGGCAUACAGUGUUAGCAUCGAAGGAAGGCUCCAAGAGAUUGCAUCACAACAAACAAAGAAUUGUUAGCGCUAGCAAACAAACAGUGAUAGAAACUUUUUUCCACCUACCCAAAAUAAACUGGAAAAGACGCCCCAGACCAGCUGGACCAGACGGACAACUGUCCAUCGACUGUCAAAAAAUGGCCAACCUUCAGUUGAAGGGUCUGACAGCUGAGGACGAGUUCCCAGAUCUCAGUAAGCACAACAACCACAUGGCCAAGUUCUUAACCAUGGACAUGUACCAAGCACUGAGGGAGCGGACCACUCCCAAUGGCUUCACCAUAGACCGUGUCAUCCAGACAGGUGUUGAUAAUCCAGGUCACCCCUACAUCAUGACUGUGGGCUGUGUCGCGGGGGACGAGGAGUCAUACGAAGUCUUCAAAGAGCUGCUAGACCUGGUCAUUGAGGACAGACAUGGGGGUUACAAACCGACAGACAUGCACAAGACCGACCUCAACCCAGACAACCUCAUGAAAUCUCUUUGCUCUCCCAAGGGUGGUGAUGACCUGGACCCUGAAUACGUUCUGAGCUCCCGCGUCCGUACGGGCCGCAGCGUCCGCGGCUUCUGCCUGCCGCCACUCUGCAGACGAGGCGAGAGACGUGCUGUAGAGAAGCUCUCAGUUGAAGUUCUGGCUUCACUAACUGGAGACCUGCAGGGGAAAUACUUCUCUUUGAGGGACCUUUCAGAAGCUGAGCAGCAGCAGAUGAUUGAUGACCACUUCAUGUUUGACAAGCCAGUGUCCCCUUUGCUGCUGGCCUCCAGGAUGGCCCGUGACUGGCCUGAUGCCAGAGGCAUCUGGCACAACGACAACAAGACAUUCUUGGUGUGGGUGAAUGAGGAGGACCAUCUGCGAGUGAUCUCAAUGCAGAAAGGAGGCAACUUGAAAGAAGUGUUCACUCGCUUCUGCAUUGGUCUCACUGAGAUUGAGUCGUUGUUCAAGAACAAAGGUUUUUCUUUCAUGUGGAAUGAGCACCUUGGCUACAUCCUGACUUGCCCAUCUAACCUCGGGACUGGUCUGCGUGCUGGCGUCCAUGUGAAGCUACCAAACAUGAGCAAGCACCCUGAGUUUGAGGAGGUUCUUAAGAGGCUGAGGCUCCAGAAACGUGGAACUGGUGGCGUGGACACUGAUGCUGUGGAUGGAGUCUUUGACAUCUCAAACGCCGACAGACUGGGCUUCUCUGAGGUGGAGCUGGUGCAGAUGGUGGUGGAUGGCGUUAAGCUGCUGGUGGACAUGGAGAAGACGCUGGAGAAGGAGGAGUCCAUUGAUGACCUGAUGCCCGCCCAGAAGUAGAACCUUACCCAACCUUCCUUAGAAUCUUUUGAAAUGAAUGACUCAGUCCUGCGAGAUUUCAUGAUUUGACAGUUCCGGUCUUCUACCACUUCUGUAAUGUUGAUGGCCGAAAAUAAAAUGAUUCAACUUAUUGUGAAAAUGUGUAGCAAGAUUAAUACCAGAAGUUUAAGGUAUUCGACCCCGGGAUGUGAGCUGGGAACAGCAACAGCAACCCACGGCUCGGGGGCCGCAUGCGGAUCCUCAGCCUUUUUUGUUGCGGCUCUUAAAAUGCUCAAGGGUGGGGAAGAUGCACAUAAUAUUUUUCUGUGAUACCAUGAAUGCAUCCUGACUGAGUUCUGACUGAUGAUUGGAUGAACACCAGGAAGGGAGGAGAAGCCUGCGUUGGUUGAGAUGUGGAACCAACUUGGCAACACUCAAGAUUUGACAUUCCAACCCCCCUUGAUGACAUUUUUCAAAAACAUCAGAUUUUCUGCUAUUGGGGAAUUUUCUGGUAUGGCGAAAGCAUUUUGCGUUCUCACUGAGCAGCGGCGGGUGGUGUUGACGAGCCGCGAGGGUGGAGCGCACCUUGUUUAGCACAGCGAGAUCUAAAAUG